UGUUUGGUCCUUUUUGCCAAUGGACAAUUUAGCAUUUGAAAUGCAGGAAGAUGGAACACAGAAAGCUUCUUCUAUGGGAAAGAUCAGUACCUUGUCCAAAGUGGAAAAGAAGAGGCAGUGGUCACUGCUGAGCACUUUGCUGCUGUGCCUGCUGGCCUGCUUCAUCACUACAGCAAUAGGAGUACUUAUUCUCUCCCUGGUUUACAUCCAUGCCGAGCCUCACUUUGAACAGGAAGCCUCAGCUCCGCACACAGCCGUUCCCCAAGUACAAAAGGCUAUUGAUCCAAAAUUUCAGUUUCUUAAUCAUUUGCCCAAGUCCAAGGUGUUUGAGUUCCCUGGUGGUACGAUCCAGUGGGCAAGGUACAGGAACAACAUCAAAGACUACCUCAGUGAUGAAGAGGAGGCAUUUGGCACCAGCUUGAACAGUCUGAGAUCACAGAUGACUCUGGGCACACUGAGAAUAAAAAGCAAGGGCCUCCGGGCUCCUCACUGGCACUUCAAUGCCAACGAACAUGGCUAUCUUGUGCAGGGGACGGCAUGGAUCGGGGUGGUUGAUGAUGGUGGUGAGGUCGCUACCACAUACAAUGUUACAGCUGGCCAAGUGAUCUUCUUUCCUAAAAAUACACUACACUGGAUAAAGAAUGUGGGCCAUGAAGACUGCUUCUUCUUGCUCUUCUUUUCCACACAUGAUGAACUACAGACUCUAGAUGUGGAUGAUGUGUUUUUUUCUACACCUGAAGACAUUGCUUCCAGGUCUCUUAAGCCUGAAGGUGGAAUUAAUUUCAUUAGAAAAUUCCAGAAGCAAACAGAGGAUCAGGGGGUCAAUCUUCCUCCCAACUUGGCAGAGCUAGUUAUGAAUGCUAGUUAUGUACAGUCUCCUGACAGCAUUGUGUGGAGAUAUUUUUUUGACCUUAAAGGUUCAAAAGAAUAUAAGUUUCCAGGGGGAGUCAUCCAGCGAGCACAGUAUUGGAAGGAUGGAAAUGAACUAAGCAACAAUGAACAAAUUUUCAAUGAAUUUCUACAUCAGCACCAAAAUGUCCUCGCAUUGAGUACACUCAGGAUUUAUAAUAAUGGAUUAAGACAGCCACAUUUUCAUUUCAAUGCAAAUGAAAUGGGAUAUGUAGUGAGUGGAUGUGGAAAGGUGGGCAUCAUUAAUACUCAGAGAACCAUAGAAUUUAAUAUUCACAUUGGAGACGUGGUGUUUUUUCCUAUUGGAACCCAGCAUUACAUCAAGAACACAUGUGAUGAGGAUUUGCUCUUUGUCCUUGCCUUCAGCACUGGAGAUCAGGUACAAACUCUUGACAUGGACGAUUAUUUCCAGGCUACCUCAGACCAUAUUUUGGCCCAGCUUUUCUUCAGGAAGCAAAACGAGUUUAAGAAGAUCCCCAGAUUCACAGAGGACCAGGCCAUCAACCUGCCUUAAAUUACUAAUGAGUUCAUAUCUACUGUUCUUUGUCAGGUGUUGAUAAAGAAAGGCCACUGGCUAAGAAACUGGGACUUGUUACAAAAUGAAGUGAGACAACAGAGGCAAAGCAACCCUAGGGUUGUCCAUGUGGGCAUCUGAGUAUGAAAAGCCUUGCUGAUCAAACAUUUCACAUUUGGGUGUCUGGGGUAUCUGAUAAUCUGACAUUAUUAAUGCAUUUUGGUAUAUAUAUGCAUACACACACAUAUAUACUUAUAUAGGUCUUAUCAUUUCAAAUGUAUUGUGUAAGCAUUUGUUACAUAUAAACAUAUAAACAACAUUUAACUAUGUAAGUAUUAUUCGUUAUUCAUCACUGUGGGA